GUUGCGUACUUUUUCUGCCAAUAUGACGACGAAAGAUCUCUGACAGCAACAUCGAUCCUGAGUUCCUUAGUGAAGCAACUGCUUGACCCGGAAACGAUGCCUAAUGAGAUUGAGUCCCGUCUGGCAAGCUAUCUCAAAGUCGGUUCUCCCGACCUGCAUGACCUGGGGGCUCUUAUCCAAGAAAUACUUUCACAGUCAUCGACCCGCUACCUUGUUAUCGAUGCCAUAGAUGAGUGUCCCAAGCUAGAGCAGGAUGCGCUCUCCAAAACCUUGCAAAGGGUUAUGGCUAUUCCUUCUGGAAAGACAAAGCUUCUCAUCUCAAGCCGCGAUACGGUUAGUCGGCAGGUGAAGAGAAUUCAUCCGACGAUCAACUAUAUUAAAUUGAGUUCGGAAGCAAUCAAGUCGGACAUGAAACUGUUUAUCCAGAGAACCGUCGAGGAAAAGGUAGACGACGGAGAGCUUGCAGUUGGCAGCUCGUGCCUACUGCGAAAGAUUCAGGAUUCACUCAUUCAGGGAGCAGAUGGAAUGUUCCUAUGGGUUGCUUUCCAGCUUCAAGACGUCUGCAAUCAAAAAUGCGACAACGACAUCUACCGAGUUCUCGAAAAUCUCCCAAAAGACCUCCCCGAAACAUACAAGCGACUUUUGGGCCGCAUCGAUGCCGACGGAAACAAAGCUAUCGCAACGAGGAUCUUCCGCUGGCUUGCCUGCGCAAAGAGGCCGAUGACACUUGAGGAGCUUCGCGAAGCUAUUGCCGUGGAACCUUUACAGCCCUUCUCCAUGCCGGAACGGCUCAUCAACGAUAUUUCCCGGCUUGGACCCUGGUGUCAAGGCCUCGCUGUUGUGAAUGAAGAGUACGGUACACUGGAAUUCACACACUACACAGUACAAACCUUUCUCCUA